CAGGCUCCACACUGCAACCUUGAGCAGACGGCGGCGGCCUCUGAACUACACUACAAACACCCGCCACCGUCCCGCUUCUCGCUGAUUACAAUCCCCAGCAUACUAGUCCAACCUCGACUGCGGCAGCUCCUGCCCGGACCCUCCCCGCGCUUGGCCUCGCACAGGUGCACACGACGAUGUCGAACCAAUCGAUCCUGCGUAUAACACGCGAACUGAGCGAGAUACAGCGGGGUUCGGAUCUGUCUCUCGCGGUUGCCUGUCGCGACAUUGACGUUCGACAUGUGCGUGCCUUGAUCAUCGGGCCUCCAGACACCCCCUACGAGUUCGGCUUCUUUGAGUUCACCGCCAAGUUCACCAAAGAGUACCCCACGAAAGCUCCUCACGUCCAGUGUAUCACAACAAACGGCGGACAUACCAGGUUUAACCCGAACAUUUACGCUGGCGGCAAGGUCUGCUUGUCAAUUCUUGGCACAUGGCGCGGCGAGCGGGGCGAGGAGUGGUCUUCCGCACAAGGUCUGGAGUCGAUCUUGAUUUCCAUACAGAGCCUCAUGUCUACGAACCCGUACGAGAAUGAGCCCGGCUUCGAAGACGCCAAAUCCGACUACGAUAAGAAGAAUCAGGCUGCUUACGUAGCCAAGAUUCGGCACGAGACACUGCGGAUUUCCGUGAUCGAGCGACUGGAGGACUACCUGGGCAUCAAGCGGGGAAAGCCGUCUCAAGUGACUGUUUACAAUGCAGAGGAGGACUACCAGUCUGGCGCUGGCGACGCACCCUUCGAGCCGUUCAAGGACCUUUGCAAGCGACGUUUCCUCUGGUACUAUGAGUCGUAUCUUGCGAGCAUCGACGCUGAGAUGAAAAAACAUAGGGAGGGCGAGCGUUUCGAAAAGAUGCCUUUCGAGGGCCCAGGCAAUACCAUGGAGGGCAUCUUCCAGUACCCGCAGCUCAAGGAGCGCCUCCAAACGAUCCUAGCGAAACUGAAUGAAGAAACGCUGGGCUGGGCCACUGAAGGCAUGAGAGCUGUUGAGAAGGAGAUGGGCAUCGCAAGCAACCUCCAGCGACAAUUCGAGCAGAUUGUCGAGAACUACAAGAAGAACGACGCAGUGACGCUUGACCUGGACCUGGUCGACAAGAACCCAUUCGUCUGGCGUCUGCUCUUCUUCGGUCGGCCAAUGACCCACCUUGACGGGGGCAUGUUCCGCAUCAUAAUCCACGUCAGUCCAAAGUUCCCAGAUGUCCUACCACGCGUGAAGUUCGAUACGCCCAUCUUCCAUCACCGCGUCUCCCCAGAUGGCGUGCUCUGCUACAAUGCUACCAGGAAGGACGACAUGCGCUCACACAUCGAGGCCAUCAUCGAGGCUAUCGAGGAGGAGUCACCUGCCUACGAUCCGCGCACUCUUGUCAACCUCGAAGCCGCGAAGCUCUUCUGGGGUGGCCCAGACCAGAAGAAGCUGUACAACCGACGUCUUCGACGGUCGGCACAAGACAGUGCUGAAAAUUGCUUCUAAUUCAGUCCAUUGGGUUUGUUCUAUCUUACGACGAUAACGGCUUUCGCAUCAAUGCUAGAUUGAGAGUUGAUACCCGGCCCCUAUCACUUGGGUCCACGCACUGGGAGUCUCGGGCGGUGUUCUGCGGCGUAUUCUAAUUUACACGGGUCGACUCGGACUGAACGGCAUGGAAAUGGUUGGAUGGGUGCAUCCUCUGGCACGGCGCAUUACUGUGUUUUAACAACCGCAUGGCUAUCAAUGAAGGGAAAGGCCAUAGGUACGACAGAUCCAGGACAGGAUCUGGCUGUGUGAUUACAAUAUCUACAAGC